AUGGAGAGAUUGUCGAACGACUGGCGCCCUGAUGCUCCGGGACCUUUAGUUGGGCGGCAGCAGUCGACGAGCGCGCUAAUCGCUGAAUAUGCACAAGCAGACCCAGUCUACGUCAAUAAAACCAAGGCACUUCCCCAGAUUUAUUCUCAUUACCGCACGCUCAAGGGCGACGGCAAUUGUGGGUGGCGAGCCCUUGCAUUCGGCUACUUCGAAACUCUUCUCCGCCUUGGCGAUGCUUCAAGGAUGCUAGAAGAAGCAGCGAGGUUCAGAGCUUUCGAGGCAUUGAUGCACGCUGUCGGAAUCCCAGACUUGUAUGAGGACUUCAUCGAGCCGACAGCGGAUUUGUUGGAACAGCAGGCUGCAACUCUACCGAAUCAUGAUGGAGGCGCUGCAGUACUGGCUAUCUUCAACGAAGAUGCGCCCUCCAGCCAGCUUACCUACUCAUUCAAGCUCAUCACCAGUGCGUGGAUGAAGUCGAAUGCAGAAUCUUACGCAGGCUUCUUACCCGACAUGGACGUCCAUACUUAUUGUGCGAGAAACAUUGAGCCUUUCUCGAUUGAACUUGACCAUGUCGGAUUGCAAGCUCUCGCUACUGCAAUCAUCAAUGAAGCGGGCAUGGCUAUCGAAGUUCUGUACCUUGACCGCAGCGCCGGCGAAGAGGUCACGCCGCAUCGAUUGCCUGUGCUUGACGCUGAUGGUAACGAGAAGAAGGGCGGUCCUACGAUCCGCCUUUUAUAUAGACCAGGGCACUAUGAUCUGUUGUACAAGACUGAAGACGUCGCGGAGAUGUCGCGCCACACCCUGUCUCAUCCCGAGAUACGCCUCGUGUCUGCUCCACAAAUUGCGGUCUCCAACCACGCGCAAUUUUCCCAUAUUGGGGACAUGGACAUACUAGCAGACAUUCCCGGCUUCUCCUCCAGCAUGUUUCAGAUGCCUUUUACCCCUACCUCGACCGAGCCUUAUCAGAGCAAAGUCGAAACUUUCUCGUCUGCACCAUGUACGAUGACUCCAACACCGCCCCUCUAUCCGUCUUACCAGAGCAAGGCCGAGACUUUCUCGUCUACACCACGUACGGCGACACCGGCAACGCCAAUCUAUCCGUCAGUGGACCCGGCCGUGAAGGAGGAAUAUUCUCCAAAGGCCGCGACAGCUUCGCCCAUUUCGCCCGCCCCAAAAGAAUUGCCAAUUCAAGCAGAUUUCAAGCCUCGUACAAAGCAACAGCGGAAGUAUGACAGACGUUUCAAAGCGCAAGGGGAGCAGAUUCAGAGCGAUGUCUUGAAGGACUGUAGUCCGGACAGAUCCAAAAAAGAAGACCCUGCGCACUUCACGAAUCAAGCUUUUCAGCCUCAGAUAUGGCAACCCGGGCGUGUUUACGAAAAAGCUGGCGAACCGGAGGCCUCUAGGAGGGCUUCAUCCUAG